CUAUAUACACACUUCCAAGCAACGAGCCGGUAACGUAGUGCAAUGCGGAUACGUAGACCAACUUUAAUUGGCAUUCUGGAGAGGUGAUUGGCUAACGGCUCUCUCUAACCACUCCCACGCUGCCAGGCUGCUCUGUAUACACAAUACAGACACAAUGAACUUUUCCUUCAGUUCGAAACACGCAGCUCUAGAAUCUUUACACCAUGCCACCAAAAAAGAAAGGGAAAGGAAACAACAAAAAGGAAAAGUCCAAAAAGAGCACAACAGAAAAAGAUGAUGGACUUACAGAGAAGUAUCGGAGAAGUGCCUUAGACGUGGCUGUUUUAAAGGAACAUCUUGCUCUGAGGACCAGUAUAACGCGUCAGGCCACAGCAGUGAGAGAUGACUUGAGAAGUCAAAUCAGAGAUCUGGAGCAGGUGCUCAGUCAGGAACGAUCAGACAUGAAGGACAUCACUACAGAUCUCAACCGCCAGUAUAAGUCCAUGGAAACAGGCCUGCAGACUAAAGUAAACAGGCUUGAAGUGAGUGUAGACAUGCUUGAGACGCAGCUCGCCGAAUGUCAGGUUCAACUAAAAUGGGAAAGAGAGCAGCGAGAGAAGACAGAAGCAGAAAAAGACACCAUCAUCUCUGACCUCCAAAGCAAACUGGACAGUAUGGAGAGAGAGUGUGAGAAGAUCCUACACGGCUGUCUGGACAGUUUGCUCUCUCACCUGGCUGAGACACGGCUGCAGUGGGAAGAACAGAGCACAGUCAUUCAUCAGGAUGUCAAGGACACACUCAGAGACUUUGGGUUAAACCCGCUUCACAUAUGAGGACACCUUCAGUUGAGCGCUGUGAACAGAACAGGAGCAGGACCAGGACUUCUGACCUUUGACAUCUAAGCAAUUGCAUAAUACUGCAUAAACUAGGAGUUUUCAAAAUCCUAUAUAUAGUACGGGUCAGUACUUUCUUUUAAAGAAAUUAUUAGGUUUAAUUAGCAAGGAUGCAUUAAAUUGAUCAAAAGUGACAGUAAAAAGAUUUAUGUUUCAAAAGAGUUCUGUUUUAAAUCAAUGCUGUUCUUUUAAACUUUCUAUUCAUCAGUAACCCCCCCCCCCAUUUCUUUAUUUUUUUUUGAGCAUCAUAUCAGCAUAUUAGAAUGAUUUCUGAAGAAUCAUACCCUGGACCACAAAACCAGUCAUAUGGGUCAAUUUCUUGAAAUUGAGAGUUAUACUUCAUCUGAAAGCUGAAUAAAUAAGCUUUGUUAUGAUAGGACAAUAUUUGGCCGAGACAACUAUUUGAAAUUCGGGAAUCUGAGGGUGCAAAAAAAUCACAAUACCGAGAAAGUCGGCUUUGAAGUUGUCCAAAUGAAGUUCUUAGAAAUGCAUAUGUCUAAUCAAAAAUUUGAUUUUGAUAUAUUUACAAUAGGACAUUUACAAAAUAUGAUCUUUACUUAAUAUCCUAAUGAUUUUUGACAUGAAAAGAAUAAACAAUUAAUUUGACUUAAGACUGGUUUUGUGCUUUAGGGUUACAUAUGACACUGAAGACUCAAGUAAUGGCUGCUGAAAAUUCAGCUUCGGCAUCACAGGAAUAAAUUACAUUUAAAAAAUAUAUUCAAAUAGAAAACAGUCAUUUUAACUUGUCACUAUAUUUUACAACAUCACUGUUUUACUGUAUUUUGAUUUUAAAAAAAAAGAUAGAAUAAGAGACCUCUUUCAAAAACAUUAGAAAAUCUUUCUCACUAAUCGAAGACAUUCAUAUAUUCAGUUAAACAGGUUUGGGAACAGUGCUAGCUUGUGCCGAUAUCAACUUCAACUGAGGUCUAAAUCCUGAACUAAAAGUUGAUCUGAAAACAACAACAACAAAAGACAUUGUCUUAAUUAUCACAUUACGAAGGUCUAGCUGAUUUGAAAUUAGUGACUUUUAAAAAUUUGUUCUCAGGACUCAGGACAUACAUUUUUACAGUUAAUUUAUCCUUAAGUGAAUAUUGUUUACAUUUGGAAUUACUAUACCUGAUAUUAGCAUAAUUCGAUGAAGCAGUUUAAUCAUUGUGUUAAUAAGGCCAACUUGUCUUUUGGUCUUAUUUAUGAAACAAGCAGACUGUAUUUCCAUACAUAAUUGUCUUACAAGUGUUUCAUGAAUAAAGUCUUCUGAUCCAAUCCCUUUACAA